UAACUUCAUAUUGAUAUGAAAUCAUAUCUGUUUCCUACGAAGUCACUCAAUAGCACUCACUAUGAAUCCCAUUAUAACACCAUAAAAGGUACUUGUGAAUCUCCAAUAAUAAUAACACCACAAAAUCACGAUUAUCAUUCAAGAAUGACUCCAAAUGACUCAUCACAGCCAUUGAGUCGAUGACUAAAUGACAGUCCUAGACAUUGACACAACUGACGCAAUCACUGACAUAUCAAUAAAUAACAAUGCCAAAAGUAAUAUUGGUAAAUUCUCGUAUAAAAUAUUGUGUAUUAAGAAGUUUCAAGCUAUUUUAAGGCAAGCAUUAUAACAUUAUAACGUUAUGUUAACUGAUACAUGUGAAGAUAAAUCUAGAUUAUUUCGGUCGAAAAGGAAUAUAAAAUGCGUAUCGUCUCAAUCCGCGGCGAUGGCAACUGCCUCUUCCGCUCGAUCGCCUACUGCGUCUACCACAACCAGGAGCGUCACAGAGAAGUCCGCAUGAAGGUCAUAGACACCGUAGUCAAAAACUGGCACAGAUACAAGGACUUCAUAAUAGGAGACCGGUCCUACGGCUGCGGGAUACAGAGCGCAGAUGACUACUACCGUCUCAUGGCCAGAGACGGUGAAUACGCAGGCCAUGUCGAGCUUCACUCCGCCAGCGAGAUAUAUAGAGACUACACGUUCAAAGUGCACAGAAACGGGUGCGGCAGAACUAUUGAUUAUGGACAUGGCCCUGUGGAGAGGCAUUUGCUGUUCUCCGGGUAUUUUGACGCGGGGCAUUAUAGCGUUUUGGAAUAUUAGUUGUUUUAUUGUAGUUUUUUAUCGCAUAUCGCAAAGUGGCGAUGUGUGAUAAACCUUAGUGGACGUCAGCUGCCGCUCCGUUGGGUGGAGGAGAGCAGCCACCCAAACACGUAACCGAUUUCUGAACUUUCAAUUCAUCUAAACUAUUCUAAACGCUCACUAAUUUUAUAUGAAAGUUUUUCAGGUGUGUUAUAUUUUAACGUUAAUAUGAACAUCAACGUGCAAAAUUACAUGGACAUAUUAUGAAUGG